CGGGGCCAUGUAUCAGUUCGGCCGGACAGCCUUCCCCAGGAGAGACAGAGAGAGAGACCGAUACAGAGAUAGAGACAUAGAAGACAUAGAAGAUAGAGAAAGAUAUACGAGGGAGAGGGAGGGAGAGAGAGAGAGAUACAAGAAAGAGAGAGAGACGCGCUUAGAUCGUCACAAGAUGCCUAACAUCUACACGAGCGAGAACUGCGGAAGCAGCCGCACCUACACCUUCCGACCGAUCAAGAGCCCCACGAUCACCUUCGAAGUGAAGGCCAACGCCAACGUCAACCUCUGCCUGUCGCCCAACUCGGUCGAGACGCCCCACCAGCAGAUCGAGAUCUUUCUGGCCGGCUGGGGCGGGGGGGAGUCCGCCCUCCGCAGGAACAAGAAGGACGACGUCCACAAGACCAAGACGCCCGGGGUGGUCAGCGCCAACCUCUUCAGGGGAUUCUGGAUCACGGUGGAGCCCCACUCCAUAAAGGUUGGGAAAAAGGGGGAAGGCUCCCCCUUCCUGAUGCACAGCGACCCCUUCGUGAACUUCACCUUCAGUUUCUAUGGGUACUGCACUUCGUACGGGACCACAGGACAGUGGAUAUUCGAUGAUGAUAACAUCGGUGUGCCACCUCCGUAUUAUCCUCCCGUUCCCCCACCCCUCCCACCUACCUACGCCCACCCCCCCCUGCCGUUAAUCCAGGUCAGUACUGUGUUUUGUUCGUCAUUAAACCGACACAUUAAUUCUUACUACACCGUGAAGUGGGUCCAGUGCUCCACCUUGUCCAUGUGCCCCGCCCCUGUGCAGGUCGCCAACGGGCACAACCUGCCCUACGUGGCUGCAGCCUUCCACAACGGCGCCCUGCUACCCGGCUACGUGACUGUGCAUCAGCCCAACAUCUGCAACGUCUCCUGGGGAGGCGCAGCCCACCAGAAGAUGGACUUCUUCCUUUUGAGUAACCCUGGAGGAGCCGACUUCGUGUGGCAAUCGGGGUCCUUCGGCAGCGCCCCCAACGGAGCAUUACAAGGGGGUUACACUGAGACCGGAGAACGCCUCUACAUCGGGAGAUUUAAGCAAGGAGGCGUUUAUGUCGGUGGCAAGGUUCACCCCAGCCACAGUGUUUGCUACGCCCCCUUCGGAGGUCACGAAGUGAGGAACUCCUCUUACGAAGUUCUCUGCCUCAAGUCGGUUCCUCUGUCUCUGCUGGGGCUCUAGUUGAUGCCAUUUAUGAAAGAAGUGUGUUGGAAAAUAGAUAAACGAGUUUUGGAGACUUAUUAGGGUGAGCGUGCUAAGACAGAAUUCUUUGUGUUACUUGUAAGACUGAGAUAUUGCCUGUGAUUUCAGUAGUGAUUGUUAGAUUAUGUCAAAAAAGUAUGUAGACAUGGUUUUAGAGGACUCAAAACUUGAUAUACUUGGAGUUUUGUCAUAUCUAACACAGACCUUUUGAUGGAUGCAUGAUAGAUUAUGUCAACUAGAAUGUAGUCACAGUUUUAGAUAACCAAAACUUUAUAUGUUUUGUCAAAUUUUAGUGUAGACCUUUUAAUGUAUGAAUUAUAUAUUAUGUCAAAAAGUAUGUAGUCACAAUUGUAGAUAACCAAAACAUUAUAUACUUGGAGUCAAAUUUUACUGUAGACCUUUUGAUGCAUGAAUUAUACAUUAUGUCAAAAGGUAUCUGGUCACAAUUGUAGAUAACCCAAAAUUUUAUAUACUUGGAGUUUUAUCAAAAUUUCUAUAGACCUUUUGAUGCAUGAGUGGUAUAUUAUGUCAAAAAGUAUCUGGUCACAAUUGUAGAUAACCCAAAGUUUUAUAUAUUUGGAGUUUUAUCAAAUUUUCUAUACACCUUUCGAUGCAAGACUGAUAUAUUAUGUCAAAAAGUAUGUUGUUACAAUUGUAGAUAACCCAAAACAUGAUGCACUUGGAGUUCUAUCAAAUUUUAGUAUAGACCUUUUAAUGCAUUUACAAUAGAUUUUGUCAAACAUUCAUACACCUGCAGUUUUGUCAAAUCUCAGCUUCGGCUGCACUGUGUAAUCAAAAUAUCCUGUUUACCUCAACAAAUAGUUGAAUUUUAUUUGUCAGCAAUUCUGAGACAUUUGGAUAACCUAACCUUGCUUACUAAAAAGAAGCUUCAUAUUGAGGGCAGAUACCGUGAAACAUUUUGAUUUUCCAAACCAGCAAUAUUUCAGAAACCUGGAAAGCUGGCGAGUUUACGAUCCACAAAAGAUGACGCCGUCGUAAUCGUUUCCGGAAUUUGUUUCUUCCUAAUGCAAUAAAACUCCAAACUCU